UCACUGUGUACUCAGUGCUACAUUUCCAGUGGACCACAGCAUUCUUGUGAUUUACUCUUCCUCACUCCUCCAUUUUUCCUUCUCUUUGUUGAGAAAACAAAGAACAAUUGCUUCUUGUUGCUGUAAUAAACCUUGAAAUUACAGGCAAAUCAACUGCAAAAAUGAAAAGAAAGCCUCACUUUCCUGGGACCCCAUUUCCUCACCAUUUCCAAUCAUUAAAAUAUGUAUAAACAAAUAAAGAAAAGAAAACCCAUAAGGUUCUGCUUUAUCCCCCGCGUCUAUAUAUAUAUAUAGACAGAUGCAGAUAUCUGCUACUUCACACCCAACUUCUUUCUUGGGAGCAAGCCCAGUACCUCCUACGCACCGACACUGCGUUUCUUGCACAGGAGAUGUGCCAAUGAGGGAAGUUGCUUUGCUUUUAUCAGAUCUGUGUUGAGAAUAUAAGAAAGGUAUAACUAGUAGCGUCAAAUCUGACUGAUAAUACGAGUCGAAGCUAUGGCUUUAGGAAAAUAUUCUAGAGUUGAUGGUAGGAGAACAUCAUCGGGCUACUGUUCGACAGUGUCUAUUGUAGUUGUUGUAGCCCUUUGUUUAGUUGGGGUAUGGAUGAUGACGUCAUCAUCUACAGUCCCUGGUCAGAACUCGGAUGUUUCACAGGAGAACAACAAUGGGGUGAAGGCACAUGUUGCUGAGAGCAAUGAUCAAAAUAACAAUGACUCCAACAAUGAGAGAAACAAGGGCGCGGUCGAUGAGAAUCAUUCGAGCGAGGAGGGAAACUUGAAGCAGUUUGAGGAUAACCCAGGUGACUUGCCUGAGGAUGCCACCAAAGGGGACAAUAAUGUGACUCCAAAUCAGGAGGAAAAGAAUGAUAAGUCAGAAGAUGCGGAAAAGAUCACUGAGGAGAAGGAGGAAGAGAAAUCGGAGGAGAAGUCUGAGGAUGAAAAGAAAGAAGAUGGGGAAGAAAGAAAGGAAGAUACAACAACUGAGUCGGAAAAUGGAGAUGAAAAGAAAGAAGAUGAGGAUUCUACAGUGGUGAAGAAUGACUCUGAAGCUGGAGAGACCAAUGUAAAUAAUUUUGAUGACAAUGAGAAAACAUCUGAAGAAAUUUCAGGUGAAAAAGAUGGGGAGAAGGAAGAAGGUAAAAUAGUGGAGAACAAGAAAGAUGAUGAAUCAGAUCAAGGUUCCACUGCGAAAAAGGAAAAUUCCAGUGAGGUAUUUCCUUCUGGGGCUCAAUCAGAGCUUUUAAAUGAAUCAACAACCGAAAAUGGAGCAUUUUCAACUCAGGCAACAGAGUCGAAGAAAGAGAAAGAAGCCCAAAAAUCUUCCCUAGGAGAGAAUCAAAAUGGUAACAGUUGGAAACUGUGCAACACCACUGCUGGGCCAGAUUACAUUCCAUGUCUUGAUAAUUUGGCAGCAAUAAGGAAACUUUCGUCAACUAAACACUACGAACAUAGAGAGAGGCACUGUCCAGAAAAUCCUCCUACAUGCCUUGUUCCGCUACCUGAAGGAUAUCAACGCUCAAUAGAGUGGCCUACAAGCCGGGAAAAGAUUUGGUACCACAAUGUUCCCCACACGAAGCUUGCAGCAGUUAAAGGACACCAGAAUUGGGUUAAAGUUAGUGGUGAAUACCUGAUCUUCCCUGGUGGUGGCACCCAGUUUAAGAAUGGUGCUCUACAUUACAUUGACACCAUACAACAGUCUGUGCCUGAAAUCGCCUGGGGAAAACGCAGCCGAGUUGUUUUGGAUGUUGGCUGUGGGGUUGCUAGCUUUGGGGGCUUUCUCUUUGAAAGAGAUGUACUGACCAUGUCAUUGGCUCCAAAAGAUGAACAUGAAGCUCAGGUUCAAUUUGCACUUGAAAGAGGAAUCCCAGCUAUAUCUGCUGUUAUGGGUACUAAGAGACUUCCAUAUCCUGGGAGAGUUUUUGAUAUUGUGCAUUGUGCACGUUGUAGGGUGCCUUGGCAUGCUGAAGGUGGUAAGCUACUCUUGGAGCUGAACCGUCUACUGAGGCCCGGUGGUUUCUUUGUUUGGUCUGCUACUCCCAUUUACCAGAAACUUCCAGAGGAUGUUGAGAUCUGGGAAGCCAUGAAGAAACUGACACAAGCAAUGUGCUGGGAAGUUGUUUCUAUCACCAAGGAUGAACUCAAUGGUGUAGGAAUUGCAGUAUAUCGCAAGCCUACUUCGAAUGAGUGCUAUGAACAAAGGUCACAAAAUGAUCCUCCACUCUGCCAAGACUCUGAUGAUCCAAAUGCUGCCUGGAAUGUGCCUUUACAAGCUUGUAUGCACAAAGUGCCCAUUGCUUCAUCAGAACGUGGGUCUCAAUGGCCAGAGCAGUGGCCUGCUCGGGUGGACAAAGUACCUUACUGGUUGUCGAGUUCCGAGGUUGGAGUUUAUGGAAAACCAGCUCCAGAAGAUUUUGCUGCAGACUAUGCACACUGGAAACGUGUAGUAAAGAAGUCAUAUCUAAAUGGACUGGGAAUAAACUGGUCCACAGUGAGGAAUGUCAUGGACAUGCGAGCUGUCUAUGGAGGAUUUGCCGCUGCUCUGAGAGAAUUGAAUUUGUGGGUUAUGAAUGUUGUACCUAUAGAUGCUCCUGAUACACUACCCAUAAUCUACGAGCGAGGUCUCUUUGGAAUUUAUCAUGACUGGUGCGAGUCCUUCAGUACUUACCCAAGGACAUAUGAUCUUCUCCAUGCUGAUCAUUUAUUCUCGAAGACUAAAAACAAGUGUAAUUUCAAGGCUGUAGUCUCAGAGGUUGAUCGAAUUUUGAGACCUGAAGGAAAGAUCAUCGUCCGCGACACUGUUGAGACAAUUAGCGAACUUGAGAACUUAUUCAAAUCUUUGCAGUGGGAGAUCCGCAUGACGUACUCCAAGGACAAUGAAGGACUAUUAUACGCCCAGAAAACCAUGUGGCGUCCUAAAGAGGAAGAGAUAGUUACAUAUGCCAUUGCUUAAAGCAUCACAAGAUACAUACUUGAUUCUUAAAGCUUGCUUUCCUACUACGGAAAAUAGGUAUUCUUUUGUAUUCAUGCUAGUUUCAAAGCGUGGGGACUAUAUUUUUCUGCAGGCUACAAAGUAUCUGUCUUAGCCAAUUACUAUUUUCUCAAAUCUUGUUCAGUAGUUUUCCCAAAGAUUUACAUUGUAAUAUUGUAUCAUUAGUUGCUGCCGGAAGCAAACGCAAAGUGUAAAGCCAAUUGGUUGAAAACACUGCAGAAAUCAGUUUAUGGAAAUCUUGAAACUGUUGAAUAGGUUGUCUGAGAUGAA